UAUGGUGGUUCGGCAUACGCUCAGGUAAAUGAAAUAAAAUUCUACACAAUUAUUGAGAAACAGAGGGAGGAACACAGACUUUUCCAGACAUUUUACCUGUGUCUCUGACCCAAAAUCGCCCAGGAAAAUGGUACACUCAGGAAUGUAAUUCUGUGUAGGAAUUACUGAAGAUUAAUCUUCAGUUUAUCAGACUGUUAUAUACCUUGGAAACAGGAAGAAGAAAAUUUACAAAUACCUAAGAUUUUUAAGUAGAGAUCAAGAUGUUUUUGGCGGCCAGUUGGUGCUUGGGGCGUUACAUGUGGCUUUUGCCAAUUUUCACUCUUGGUUGGCUGUUUGUUUCUAUGACAACAACGUAUGGCAUUGCUGUGGCUCUUAAUCACACCUUCCCAAAUUUCCCGUACAUCAGCUAUACUGGAGUGGAGGUUCCAGAGAGAGGAAUAUUCACAUUUUCAAUCGCCGUCACGGCAAUCAUGCUUGCUGCAAAUGCAGAAAUGCGAUUUCUGUUUGUUAAAGAAGUUUUUCGUGAAAAGAAAAUGAACAAGAAAUGGAAGAACACAAAUAUUGCUGGCCUUAUCCUGGGUCUGAUUUCCUCCUUUGGACUUCUGCUAGUUGGAUGUUUCCAGGUGGAUGUAAUGAAACCACCCCAUUACUUUGGUGCCUUCUUGUGUUUUGUGAUUGCCAUAGUGUAUCUAUGGUUGCAGACAGUCAUCACAUGGAAACUCAGACAUGUGGCAGAGAAGACCCAAGAUGGCAAAGUUUGGAGGGCUGUCCGCUUCUUUAUUUGGAUAUUCCAAAUCCUCAACAGUGCAGCUUCCACCAUUCUACUUAUCCUGUUUUCUGUGUCAAAGACGACAUAUAAAUUACAGAGAAAAGCAAACAUGGGAACAAAAUGGGACACAUUACGUGGUGUGUUUUUGUUGUCCACUUCGACAGAAUGGUUGCUUGCAUUUUCGAUUAUGUUUUUUGUGCUGACCUUUAUCCCUGGCUUCAAACGUUUGAAGGACAUAAAAGUGAGAGUCACCUUGGACAAAGGAAAAGAUGGAAAGUCAGGCCCAGUAUCGAACGGAGCCACUGAGCUGCAGGUAUAAUCAAAUAAUCAAGAGAUGAAUGACAGAUCAAGUUUAACUGGAACAGAAAAUGUGUAGAAGACACAGUAUCAG